CUUGCAUUUGGGAGUGUGAGCGGCUGCAACAACGUCAUGUUGAAAGCGCGCCUGGAACACGACUCAGUCUACGGCCGCUGCCUGGCCACAUCGGAGGCAGUGGAAAGUGGCGAAGUUGUUGUGGAGGAGCUGCCUUUUGCCUAUGGUCCCAAGCGUGACAGUGGCAUUGUUUGCCUGGGCUGCUAUAGGUAUUUGCAGUUUGGUGAAGACGGCGACUCACUGGAUCGCUGCGAACUCUGCGACUGGCCAAUAUGCGGGAACUGCGUGGAUGACGCUACCGAUCAUCAUGGCGAGUGUGAGGUCUUUGCCGCAGCACGUGUCACAUUUGCCGGCAACGUCAGCGAGGAUGGCGUCUGUCCCCAAUUGGAUUGCAUAACACCAUUGAGAGUGCUGCUGGCUAAGGAAGCGCAGCCAGAGCGUUGGCAAAACGAGGUGGCGCCCAUGGAGCAUCAUGAGCUGGAGCGACGCGAGAACGCAGAUGUCUGGCAUGCGGAUCGUGUAAAUAUAGCCCAAUAUCUGCGUGGUCCCUGCAAGCUAGCGGAUCGCUUCAGCGAGGAGCUCAUCAUGCAGGUGGUGGGCGUGCUGGAAGUAAAUGCCUUCGAAGCACGCACCAGCCAGGGCUACCCGUUGCGCUGCCUGUUUCCCUACACGGGCAUAUUGGCCCACAAUUGUGUCCCGAACACGGCGCGUAGCAUUCAUCCCAGCGAAGGCUUUAAGAUUCGCUUACGCGCAAUGGUUGCCCUGGAAGAGGGUCAGCAGCUGCAGCACAGCUAUACCUACACCCUGGAUGGCACUGCACAGCGACAGGCGCAUCUGCGCGAGGGCAAAUAUUUUGUGUGCAGCUGUGAGCGUUGCCUGGAUGCCAGCGAACUGCAGACACAUUUCUCCAGCCUAAAGUGCGGCCAGUGCACUGACGGCUGGCUGCUGCCCAAGCAGCCAACGGUUGUGGACAGCAGUUGGAAUUGUCGGGCCUGCGACCACAGCACCAGCAGCGAGGAAGUGCGGCAAAUUGUGGCUGCAUUGCAGGCCGAGGUAAAUGCUGUGCAAGCUCUCGGCAUGGGCCCAAAGCGUCUGGAGGAAUCGGAACGCUUGUUGCGCAAAUACAAAUCACUGUUGCAUCCAUCGCAUUACAUUGCCACCAGUUUGCGGCAGCUGCUCAUCGAGAUGUACGGCCGUGUGCAGGGCUAUGAGAUGGUCCAGCUCACAGAUCAGCUGCUGGAACGCAAGGUUAUUCUGUGCCGUGAUGUGUUGCGUGUGCUGAACGUCUUUGAGCCGGGCCUGAGUCGUGCACGGGCUAUGAAUCUCUAUGAGCUGCAUGUGCCACUGGUGUUGCUGGCCAAAAGCGGCUUCAUAGCCAACAAACUGAGUGGCGGUGAGUUGCGUGGACAGCUCGUGUAUGCCAUUGACCUGCUCAAGGAGUGCGUAGAGAUACUGCAACACGAGGAUCAAAACUCACAGGAGGGCAUCCUGUGCGGUGUGGCCAGACAAGCGCUGCAACAGCUCACCAUUAGCGUCGAGGGCCUGGGCAGUGAGCUGGACUAACUGAAUCGAAACACAGCGAUUUGUACAUAAUCAAAUGUUGUUCCCUCGAUUUAUUGAAAACUAUACGCAUAUAGUUCGAUAUGAUUUGUAUGGCUCCUUCAGACCAUCGAGAGAAAGACAAAAGAUAUUGGAUUUUUUGGGACUGUCACACACACUUACCCAAAUAGAAUAUAACCAAAAUACAUACAAAAUAAUAGAAUUUAUCAA